AUUCAGCAACUAAUAAGCCUAUGCCAUUUCAUCCACCACAUUAUCUAGGCAGACCAAAUCAAUUGGGAAUGCCGGGUAUAGUGCCACCAUAUGUGUCUCCUCAGAUGCUUAACAUUCCACAAUCCGCCCUGCAAGCAAAGCAAGCGGCCCAGCCUAUCUCUAGUCAUGGUAACGCCCAGGGUCAGAGCCCAUAUCCUUAUAGUCUGUCAGAACCAGCCAUCACAUUGGACACAAGUGGAAAAAAUAUUUCUGAGCAGAAUUACAGCAACAUUCCUCAUGAAGGAAAACAUACUCCAUUAUAUGAACGAUCCUCUCCAAUAAACCCAGCUCAGAGUGGGAGUCCCAAUCAUGUUGAUUCAACAUACUUUCCAGCCUCUUCUACGUCAUCUUCCUCAGAUAACGAUGAAGGCAGCGGAGGUGCUGUGAAGUAA